ACGGGUUCUCGAUCUGCCCAAACUUUCGUCGCGUUCGGCUUCCUUGCAAUGGCGGCCAUUCGAAAACUAGCCGAGAAGACGACCCUCUUCGGGGCCAUCAGCUCCACUCCUCAGAAGGAGAUGUUGCCGUCGACGAUGAACCACAUCGCGCGGCGCGGAUACCACAUCGAUCUCGGAGCUCGGGAGAAAGCGCUCUUGGAAGAAGAUCCUGCAUUAAAGAGAUUCAAAUCAUACAAAAAUAACCUGAAGCGCAUAUCAAAGGUUGGAGAUGUUCUCACUAUCGUUGUUGUUGCUGCAUGCGCCUACCAGCUUUACGCGGUGACAACUGUGAGAAAAGAAUAAACGCACUGAUAGCUAAUAGCUGUGGUGAGCUGUGGAUGCCAACAGAACAAUGUGCAUUCAAAAUGCUCUUCAUUCUAUCUUUGUGGACGUUUAGUUGUACGCUGGCUAUGGCUUUAGAAUAAAUUUGCUUCACGCGAGGAUUUGUGUCGUGAUGUAUAACAACAUUUCCUCUGCGAUAACAAAGAAUUGUGUAUGCGGAUUUCAUUUAUGCUAAAUUAUUUGAAUUCUUA